AGAGGAUGUGAAACUGACCUCGUGGUACGGAGUCUAUGUGACUCACAAGAGGGGCUCAUGAAGGAGGGGGCAUAGCAGGGGCUGUAUAAUGUUCCCACAGUUAUUGUUGGGGUGCGUACUACAUGGAACAGAAUAAUAAGCAGAGGAGAAGACUUUUGAAAUGUAUUUAGUUGAAGUACAGAUAUAGCUCAUGUAUUUGUUUAAAGCGUAUAUUGCUGGGCAGGAAAUUCUUUGGCAAAUGGACAGGAAAACAGGGACGCUGUAGUCAAGAUUUAGAGCCAUGAUCUUUUCUCUGUGUUGAAACCACAUGAGUCCAUAGGAAGUAUAUGCUGGAGAAGGACCAAAUGAAGGAUUCAGUAGAAUCAGUAGAUCCGAGAGAGGACCAGCAGGAAAUGGGUCACAGAUCUGGACCUAUGGCUUGUCUGCGCAGCAGGUUCAUUCGGGUUGGACUGGCGGAGGCCCUCUGCACCUAUGUUAUGAUGGUGUUUGGCCUGGGCUCAGUGGCACAGGUGGUCACGGGCCAUGGAGCAUUCGGACAAUACCUCAGCAUCAACAUUGGCUUUGGCCUUGGAGUGACCAUGGGAGUGCAUGUUGGAGGUUCAGUCUCAGGGGCUCAUAUGAAUGCAGCAGUCUCAUUGGCCAUGUGUAUGUUUGGCCGCCUUGCGUGGAAGAUGCUCCCUGUCUACGUUUUUGCCCAAUUUCUCGGGUCGUUUCUGGCUGCGGCGACAAUCUAUACCGUGUUCAAUGGUAAGGACCGCUGUAGCCAUUCGCUCUUGUACUGUUGUUGGAUUAAUUGUAGUUGGAUUGAAUUGCUACCUUCUACUCUAUCUAUUCCAGAUGCCAUCUUUGACUUUGGGGAUGGGAACCUGACCACGACGGGCGCUAAAGCCACCGCUGGGAUCUUCGCCACCUACCCUGCGCCCUACCUCUCUCUGCAAUCUGGAUUCAUCGAUCAGGUUUUGGGAACGGCCAUGCUCCUGCUGUGCCUGACGGCACUCUCUGACCAGAGGAACAAGCCGGCAGCGAGGGGCAGCGAGAGCCUGAUGGUGGGCCUCCUGGUGAUGCUGAUUGGCGUCUCCCUGGGCAGCAACAGCGGCUACCCCAUCAACCCCACCAGGGACCUGGCACCCAGACUCUUCACUGCUGUAGCCGGCUGGGGCAACGAGGUCUUCAGAGCCGGAAACGGGUGGUGGUGGGUGCCUGUGGUAGCGCCCUUGUUAGGAGGAGUGAUGGGUGCAGGACUGUACAAGGCUCUCGUAGAGCUUCAUCACCCGGCCAUUGUGUGUGGCCAGAACAGCCAUGGAGAGCAGGAGGAGAUGGAUCCUCUGGAGAAACAAAGCCACGCUGAUGUGUGUGUGUGAGAGAGACACUUCCGGGGAAAUGUGUGACAGCUCACUUGCACCUCUUGUUUCACUUGAGUGAAAGAGAAGAAGCUAAAUAUAUAUCUUAAGCAUACAUGUUAGACAUUAAUUGACUAGUAGAUUGUAGAUUGAGCAGGAUAAGUGUGCAAGGAGUGAAUAAUGUCGCAGACAGUGACUUCAAUUAAAUGACAGAGAAAUGUAUUUGUUUUAUUAUAAAUAAAUGUAGGCAUACACAUUUAUACAGUAUGCAUUAAAACAGGUAACCUGUCAAGGUACCCGUAGAGCAAAACAUUUAGGCAUUUACAUUAUUUAUUAUGGGACAGCUUGAAGCCAAAGUGUGAACACUAUGUGUCUUAGCCAAUCAAGCGCCAGUGAGAUUUAGAACCAAAGGAAAGAUUUCUGAAUAUAAAGUGCUCUACAAAUUAAAUAUAUUAUUAUUAUUAUCUUUCCUUGGAUGCAAAGAUCUUGGGUUUUGGGGGCAGGACUUUCUUCAUGAGGCAGGUUAGAAGCACCUGCACUCCAAGUUAGAGAUUGGACAAACUGUCCUGUGGGAUGAAUAAGUAUAUGAACUAUUUUUUUCUUUUGUAUGACGUUUGUCUGGACUUUUAGUUCUACAGUGUUUUACAGUGUUGGAGCUGUGUUUGAGACAUCGAAUACUGAAUUAAAAAUCAGUAAAAGGAGUCUCACAUGUAAUCAUUUGGCUGCAUGAAGCCUCACCCUACAUAAAGAGACAGUCUUUCCUCAACCAGAGCGAGAGUGCUGUUCCACUGGUAACCCAAGCAGGGCCUGGGUUGUGUAAGCAGCUAACAGCCAACGACCAUGCCAAAUAUGCCUUGAAUAACUUGUUUUCUUUCGUUUAUUUUUCUCUGAAAAGGAAAUACCAGGUAAUCAUGUGUGCUCUUAAAAUCCUUCAAGCUUGAAAUGUUUAUUAUGAUAUGACUUCCCUCCUACAAUGCUGGUUAGUGAUCUUCCCUGUGUGUUUGCAGGACAAAAGAUACUUAACCCCUGCUGGACAUUGGCCUGGUGUGGAUAGAUAUUAAUUUGUCCUCAACCCAUCUUUUGAUAAAUAAAACUCAAUUGUCAACCCUU